GCCGAUCUAGUAUGACUCGGAUAUGAUGGUAGUCAGUCACCAACCAGGAAAGCACGCCACUAUUAUGUACCCGCUGCGGUUCAGUGAAGACCAUAGAUAUAUCGUGGCUUUCACUCAGAGCCUUGUCCAACGAAAUGGCAAAAUUGAACGGUACCCACUUGAUUCAUGGUGAUUCUGGUUUUUCGGGCACCGAGGUCUCUCCGUCGAUCUCUGUCACUACAACAUUCAGAGUUCCCCACCCCGAUGAACAUGCGCCUGGAGCUGAUGGGUUUGACUGGCAGAACCCUUCCAGGUAUAUGUACUCCAGGUACACCCAGAAUGUCAGCACUCGAGUGGAACACAUCCUGAACAAAAUAAACCAUGGUAAUGCCAUCACAUACUCUUCUGGCAUAGCUGCUGCCUAUGCGGCAUUGGUGCACUUUAAGCCAAAGCGUAUUGCUAUCACCGGAGGAUAUCCUGGUUGCCAUGCAAGUAUCGCGGUAUAUGCCAAGAAUAGGUUUGAACCGACUCCAAUCAUUGGUAUCGACGACGAAUUCCAGGAAGGCGAUUUGUGCUGGGUCGAGACGCCCGUAAACCCUACUGGGGAGUCGCGAGAUAUCCAGUAUUAUGCUGAUAAGAUCCACGCAGUCGGAGGAAAACUGAUUGUAGAUUCAACCUUCGGCCCUCCUCCUCUUCAGUACCCGUUCAAGUGGGGGGCUGAUUGUAUUCUCCACAGCGCUACAAAAUACUUUGGAGGGCAUUCGGACCUUCUCGCUGGUAUCCUGAUCGUGAAGACAGAACAGGAAUGGAAUGAUCUUUUCGGAGAUCGCUGCUACCUAGGAAGUAUGAUGGGCUCUUUUGAGUCGUGGCUUCUUCUUCGUUCCUUGAGGACACUGCACCUUCGCAUUCCCAGGCAGUCGGCCAGUGGAACCGAAUUGGCUCAGUGGUUGAGUCGUGCCGUGAAUGUCCCUGUGGGUCAGGAGUACGAUGGCGUCCCAGGAGGAGUUGUCACAAAAGUAUGGCAUUCAAGUCUGCAAGGCAUCAAUGGAAGUUUCGAUCCCGCUAAGCAAAUGGAAGGAGGAUUCAGUGCUACAUUCUCCUUUCUGUUAUCGAAACGCGAAUAUGCAGAGUUACUCCCUCAUUCGCUGGAAUACUUUGUACCUGCGUCAAGUCUUGGGGGUGUUGAAUCUUUGGCUGAGUAUAGCCACAUGCGUGACCCUAAUGAGAAUCCACUUUUAAUCCGCCUUAGCAUCGGUGUGGAAGAGGUGGAGGAUUUGAAAGACGAUCUUCGCAAAGCAUUUCAAAAGUUAUCCAAGAUGGAAACGAAAGCUUAGAAAUAUCUGAACACUGUGAAAGGUGGAGUGUACUGAAAAAAUUUAGGUCACAAUACCAAGAUGUACUAGGGUAUGCUGUACUUAUACAGAGAUAAAAACGAUCAACCAG